CUCAUGUCUAGUGGCCAGACAUGGAAGGAGCAAAGAAGGUUUGCACUAAUGACAUUCAAGAACUUUGGAUUGGGGAAGAAGAGUUUAGAGCAGCGCAUACAGGAGGAGGCCCUCCACCUUGCAGAUGCCAUAGGAGAGGAGGAAGGACAUCCUUUUGACCCUCACCUCAAGAUCACCAAUGGAGUUUCCAAUGUCAUUUGCUCCAUCACGUUUGGGAAGCGCUUUGAGUAUGACGAUGGUCAGUUUCAGGAGCUGCUGAGGUUAUCAAAUGAGGUCAUAUAUUUGGAAGCAUCAAUGAUGUGUGUGCUCUACAAUGUCUUUCCAUCCAUAAUGAAGUAUGUACCUGGAUCACAUCAAACAGUUUUCAGAAAGUGGGAAAAGCUGAAAUUGUUUGUUUCCCAAAUGAUGGACAGUCACCGGAAAGAUUGGAAUCCUGAAGAGCCAAGAGAUUUCAUUGACGCUUUCUUUACAGAAAUGGCAAAGCACCCAGACAAGACAACUACAAGUUUCAAUGAAGAAAACCUCAUCUGCAGCACUCUGGACCUCUUCUUUGCUGGAACAGAGACAACGUCGGCGACACUGCGCUGGGCUCUGCUCUACAUGUCUGUACACCAAGAAGUGCAAGAAAAAGUAUACGCUGAGAUUGACAGAGUGAUUGGCCAUGGGAGACAGCCAGGCACAACUGACCGAGAGUCCAUGCCCUACACCAAUGCUGUCAUCCAUGAGGUGCAGAGGAUGGGUAACAUCAUCCCCCUGAAUGCUCCCAGGGAAGUAACAGCAGAUAGCACACUUGCUGGAUUCCACCUGCCCAAGGGGACCAUGAUCCUGACCAAUUUGACUGCUCUGCACAGGGACCCCAAAGAGUGGGCCACUCCAGACACCUUCAAUCCAGAGCACUUUUUGGAGAAUGGACAGUUUAAGAAGAGAGAAUCUUUCCUGCCAUUCUCAAUAGGAAAGAGAUCUUGCCUGGGAGAACAAUUGGCCAAGUCUGAGCUAUUCAUUUUCUUCACUGCUCUCAUGCAAAAAUUUACCUUCAAGCCGCCAUCAAUGAGAAGCUGA